AUGGGAACCUUGUUUUUGAAUCAUAUCAAAAAGCAAGCAUCUAAUUUUGUACAGGAGAAAUACAAAAUUGCUAGGCUGACUUUUACUGAUGUUUCUCCAACUGAAUUGUUAGCUGAGGAAGCAACAAAUAAUGAUCCAUGUAGCCCUGAUGCUAAGACAAUGACUAAAAUAGCCGAUGCCUCCUUUGACGUGGAUGACUAUUGGAGAAUUGUCGAUAUUCUGCAUCGGAGGUUAUAUAGCAUAGAUUGGAAAGAGUGGAGGCAAUCCUACAAAGCAUUAAUACUUCUGGAGUUCUUACUAACACACGGCCCUGAAGAUUUUGCUGAAGAAUUUCAACGUGAUAGUUAUGUCAUCCAAGAGCUUGGAUCGUUUAAAUACAUAGAUAACAAAGGAUUCAAUUGGGGUGUUAGCAUGCAAAAGAAAUCAGACCAAAUACUUAACUUGCUAGGAGGAGGACAAAUCCUAAGAGAAGCACGUUUAAAAGCUCUCAAAAUAACAAAUGAAAUCCAAGGAUUUGGAAGUGCAACGGCUUCUCCUUCAUCCGCAACUUCUUUCUCUUCAUCGGCCUCCGAAGCCUCAAGAACAUCCUUUGGCUCUUUUUCUACCACAAGUUCUGUAUGGAAUGAUAUCAAUGAGCUAAGUAGGUCAUAUGAGCCAUCUCCCACAAAAUUGGAAGCCAUGGAAAGAUAUUCACCAAGCGGACUGCGCAGCAAUGACUAUGACAAGGCUUCAAAUUUCCUAGCAACCAAUGAAAAUAGUGAAGGAUCACACCUUUGGGAUUGUCCUCCGAUCGAAGAAAAGGGUUCACUGCUCGAAUCUGGGGAUGAAGGUGAUGCAGAAGAUGAUGAAGAAGAUGAAUUUUAUGAGAAGGCGCCGGAUGGUAAUUUGACAAGUGGAAUGUUCUCGAAGUUGGUUAACCUUAGCCCUCGUAGAUCUCAUGGUGAGAAAGUUGGCUUUAGGAGUGUGUCUGAUGUGGGAAGGGAGGGGAAGAAAAAGUUUGAUCGCCAAUCUUCAUUUUGGUAUUGAUGAAGUAACAUGGAGGGAGGUUUUUUUGUCUGAAUCAUAGUUUGUAUCUUUUGGAUAAUUAAGUGUUAUCCAUAUAUAGAUGACAAUUUUGUUUUAAGUUUUCAAUUAUGAUAACAUUUAUUUCCCUCUUUCUGAUGAAAGCACCCGUCGAAUUGGUAAG